UCCAGUAUUUUCUACUUGUUGAGAAUAUGUGUUCAUCAUCACCAUCAGCAUCAACAACAUCUACUAAAAUCUCCAAUAGCUAUUCCUCCAGCAUUGACUGUGACUUGGACUGUCAAUUGUACAAUACAUUCCUCCACUUCGGUAGCAGCAGCGUACCGAGUGACUGUGCGGUCCCCGAACCUCAGGAGGAGUCCACCUUUAGCCGUCCACGCAGUCGCUCGUGUACGAGGUUUCAACGGGAGCCUCGGAGGUCUUCGUAUAGGGUUGGCUCUGAUGACGAGACGACAGCUGCUUGUGUUGCGUCACACGGAGAGGACAACCACGAGAAGUUCACUACUGUUAUGGUGCAUAAUCUACGACCCCACUGCAACGUCGAUUAUGUGGAACAAGUGUUCAACGAGGUUGGCUUGAAAGGAGCCUUUGAUUUCCUCUAUGUACCGUUGAAUUUCAAGACUCGCGAGGCGGUGGGAUUUGCCUUUGUGAAUUUCGUUGACCAGGAGCACGCUCAGAAGAUGAUCGAUGGUUUCAACAACUUGAUUCUGGACGAUUGUAUGCCAUUGGUAGUGGAGCCUGCGAAAAAUCAGGGCUUGCAGGCUCAAAUCGAUCACCUCAAGGAGAGCCCGGUGAAUGCGGCUGAUGAAGAAUUUCGACCGAGACUUUUCGAACUAGGUACGGGGAAGCGACUUGAAUUCCCGGCUCCUACGAAUCCUCGGCUACCCCGCCGUUCGCAUCGUCACAGGAGGCGUGUACGCGAAUAUGUACCCCAAAAACCAAAGCAGACUGAAGUUUGCGAUCCUUACGCCCAGACCCAUUUGGAUUACAGUAUGGCCCUUGGAGACCUCCUGGCUUGAGACCGUCGUUAUCAAUUCUGUCUCUGACAAUUCUUUGCUGUCCGAUAAUAAAACGAUAUUUAGCUGCUACUGCCGUAAAAACGACAUUUUCUCAGGCGAGCCCUGGCCCCACAGUUUGUUUUUAUCCUCAUUAAUUUCGUUGUUGCCAAUGUAGGCAUUCCAUGUGGCUUACUCGAGAUUAUUAUUCCGUCAUCACCUCCCUAUUCAUCAUUCUCGGUGGGUCAUGACGUGUAUGAUGUACUACCACAGAGCUCGUUUUUCUCGUGUUUGAUAUCCUGGUUUCUCGUUGUUGUUGCUGAUGCUGAUACCAACAACAACUAAGUUCACACU